CUUGAUGAUGAACCAUUUUACGUUUGACCUGAUUUAUAACACAGUCUUAACAAAUUCAGGUGCAGAGCCGUCAGAGCCCACAGAGAUUGAGAAACAACAGCUCAACUUGAAUUUUGCCAAAAUGAGGACCUUCUCUAUCUUUUACAGUCUUUUGUGUGCUACAUUGACAGAGGCUGCUGAGAUCAACGUCGAAGGACAUGAAUGGGGGGAAAUCUCGUUCCAGUGCACUCACAGACAUGCAUUUAAUAAUGAUAAGUACUUCUGCAAGAGUCCAUGUAAAAGCAAUGAAGACAUACUAGUAGCUGUCUCACCUGGUACAAGUGUAGAGUCUGGAAGGAUAACUUUGCAGGAUUCUGGGAAUGGAGCCUUCACCGUGACCAUCAAGCACCUUCAGCUGUCAGACUCGCAGAUAUAUUUUUGUGGAGUGGAUAGGUGGGGUAGGGAUACAUAUACGUCAGUUCACCUCAGUGUACACAAAGCUCUUAGUACAACUAUUGAACCUGUUAUUUCGUCGACACUGACAUAUCAGAAAAUUACAAACUCAACACAGCUAACAGCUGGAGCAGAAACCAGUGAGCCAACAAACCUCUCAACAGCCAAAAACUUCACUAAUGAAGAAGAACAGAACAUCAGCCUAGGGACCAUGUUGUAUGCUGCAGUUGGGGCUGUUGCUACACUCGCUAUCUUGCUGCUGGCUAUACAUCUCAGGAAAAUGCCAAAAUGUCAACCACAUGUGUGCUCCACUAGCAAAGACCCCAGCAGUAUGAAUAAGAACAAUCAAGAAAAGGACACACAAGAUCCACAAGCACCAUCAGCAGGAACUGCUGAAGACAUGCCCAUAUAUGAAAACAUUUCUUUCUCUGAAGGUACUGCGGGAUCCAGGUAUCCACCUGCAGAUCAACAAAACAACCAUGAUUUACCCACUAGAAUCUACAUUAAUCCUUUACCUUCUGCACUACCUGAAAGAAAGAUUUCAAGACCACCAAAAGACACCACAAAUGUGAAGACACCAAAAAGACAAGAAAUUACAGAAAGCAGUGCAAGCAAUGCAUCUCUUUGUCUCUUCACAUCUUCCAGUGAACCCACUGGCCCAAAGCCCACAAGCCUUUGGUUUGGUUUAGAUUUAUCAAAAACAAAUCAGAAAUAAUUUCAAUGUUAUUGAUUUAGAUCUUUAUAUGCACAUGAAUGGACGACUGUGCUCCUCCAGCUAUCUUAAUUAUUAACUUUAUGAAGUAAAUAAACACUUUAUUUAUCCCCAUAGGAAAUUAAAACACAUUAUAUUUAUAAUACAAUACACUGUUAUUGUCAUAUGAUUACAUUGUUUGUAAUAUGUUCUAAUGAAAUUAAAAUGCAUUAACAUAGUAUAAUUUAUACAGAAUAUUUUGCAGUUAUUGUUGUCAAGGCAUUUAGCCAACUGAGGAAGGGUUCAGUGAGAGUGAUAAAAGAAGGAACAGAGUAUUGGUAUAAAAGAGCUUGCAAAUGUCAUUUGUUAAGUGAUAUUUUGUUAUUAUUUAUUUGGGGUUCUGGGUGGUGUCUCAGGAGCCUACCUGGGGCGUAUUCCACGAAGCUGGAUUAAGGGAAAGCCCAGCUUAUCUCAAUAAGUCUGGCCAGAGUUCCGUUCCAGCAAUGUGGCUUCUUUCAAUGUCCGCAGAGUAACCAUGGUAACUCAUGCACCAGAACUAGCCUGCAUGGGGCAGGCUAACGUUCAAGGUUAGCUUAGCUGUGUCUCAAAGGUCUGAUACAGACUCCCAAAAGAAAUUUCCACCUGGAAGAAUGCUGCGCUCCCGUCACUCAUUCUUGUAUAAAAGUUAAAAAACAAACAAACAAACAAAAAAAACAACGCUUAUCAUAUCAUUACUUUGUCUUGAAUAAUCAAUAAAUCUGUCAGUGCCAGUGUAACUAAUGAAACACAACUAUACAAGUAAUGAAUAUGAAAUUAAAUGAAGAGGAACGUGGUAUUCAUUAAGUAAGGGAUAAUGCCCGACGAGGUGACCAUUAUCAUAAAUUAAUGAACUACGCAGAGGCGUGAACCACCCGACUCGAAGUAUCCCACUUAUACCAUGAUGGUCCAUUGAAAAAGAAAAAACAUUAAAUAAAUUAUUUUUGCGUUAAUGUUGUUUUUUACCCAUAAAAUCGUAAGUUUUUCACAAGAAGCGGCUGAGUGGACUAUUUUGUUGUGAUGUGCGGUCAGGAGAGGCAUCAUGAUAUAAAAGAAAAAAAAGUACAUGAAAUAAAUAUUAAUAUUUUCCACUGAUCUGUGUUAAAAAUGCUUUUUAAGAUAAGAAAAUGCAAGGGGGCAUAGUUGCAUGCUGUUGGAUGAAUAGUGAAAUAAGAUGCUCUUCUCGGUUCUUACAAUUGUACCAGCAUGAACCCCACCGCACGUCACUGAUCUCCAUCAGCAUUCUUUGUUCCGCUGCUGAGGAAAUGACAGCUCUCGGCUUGUUCUCUUUUUCUGCCAGCUCCUCUUUUUUACCAACCACUCGUCAGGGCUUCCUACGUUCCUCAGGACCUCCCACAGAGCCAGGCUAUGUAAACCUUACUUGAAUUAGCCUCAAGUAGAUGCAGCUGGAAUGUGUUAGUGGAACUGCUUGAGCGUCAAUUCAGAGAUGGUGUUAGUUUAAGCAAGGCUUUCCCAAUACAGCCUGGCUUUCUUUAGCUAUGUUCGUGGAAUACCCACCUGUUGUCUAAAUCCUGUUAUACCAUGGUCUGGAUGAAUACUCGAUUCUGAUUGGCUGUUGGGUGUCCAUUAAAAAGUGAUAAUGGACAGCUAUAAAAGAAGUUUAGGACCAAUAGCCUUAUUUUCGUAAAUGAUUGCGAUGACUAAACGGCAGUUGGUAACCUUGGCAACAGAAACUCUGCAGACAAGCCAGAUCGUGUCUGUGACGGCGCAUGGCUGUGAAAGCAGUCGGAAUCAGAAUCAGAAUCAGAAUCAGAAAUACUUUAUUAAUCCCUUGCAGGGAAAUUUGUGCAGGCUUUUUUGCAGGCUUAUUGGGCUCCGUCAGUCCAGAAGAGACGAGAAUGGAGCAACAUUUUGU